GAGGCGUCACAGGGAGCGCCGGUGCGGCGAGCAGAGGGCGGCGAGGGCUCAGGUGCGCAUGGCAGCGAGGAGGUGACACGAGAGAGAGAGCGAGAGCGAGGAGCGAAGGAGCGUGAGCAGCGCUCACACGCCGAGGCCGAGGACAGGGUGAGGAGGAGAGGAGCAAGGCGGGGUCCAUCGCGCUGCGUCCGCCAGCUGCGGCUUGCGCAACGGACCUGCGAUGCAGGGCCAGGCCCUGAGACGAGCACGCUGCGAUGCCGCUGUAGCGGUCAGGUGCAGGGUGAGCUCACAUCGUCAGUAUCCCGGCCGCCAGAGCCGCGAGAAGAUCGCAGCGCCGGCGCGGUGCAACGCGCACUGCGCCGGGGCGCUGCGCCCCGUCGCUAUCAAGUCAGCGCUGCACGGUGCGCAUGCUCAGCCCUUGUGCCGUGCCGCCGGCCUGCCCGAUGAGGCAUGUGCGGGUCAGGCCACCUUCGCGGCCGCGACAUGGCUGCACUCUCGUGUCUACACGUGGUGCAGACGCGCGCGUACGUCCUCUUCGAGCGUCGAGCGUGGCCUUGCUUCGCGCUUGCUGCAUGCUGCUGCCAGCCGGGACCUGCGUCGAUGCACCGCUGCGCUACUUCGCUGCAGCGGCCGGCGUGUGUCGGAGCCCGAGGCCGAGCGAGGGGCAGGCACGGCAGGCGGCAGGCGAAGCGGCGUGCGGUACGUGUUGUCAGGGGUUGUCCGUUGGCUUCGAGACGCGUCUUGCCGCCACGACGCCGCUGCUCCCGCGCUGCUGCUGCGUAAGUCCGCAGCCGUUGCGCUGGGACGAUGCAGGGGCGGCGGCAGCUCGCCGCGCUGGAGAGCGCACCUCCGCAUGCCACCACCUCGACAGCUGCAGGCGAUGUCGAGAUUCGAGCUUGCGCUUGAGUUCUGCUUGCAUGCCUCUGAGCGGAGCCGAAGAGCGGCGCUCGAGCAGCUCGCGACCGGUCAAGACAGCGGGCCUGCUGGCGCGCCUGGGAGCGGCAUGAGCCAUCGUUCCUCUUCGCUCUUACAUCCCGAGGCUGAGCUGCAAGCUCAAGCUACUCCGCGCCUCGAGAAAGGAGCGACAGAUCGGUUUGUCGUCCACAGCGUGCAUACACAGCGAGACCUCACGGUGGCUCGAGGACAAGUCAGAUGACGGCGGGCGCUGCGCUGCUCUCUACGCGUCCCCCAGGCGCGUGUCGCGUUUCUUCGCACGCUCACCGCCUCCCUGGAGCGGCUGGCCGCAUGUCGGUUGCAACGGCUGAGAUCUCACCUCAUGUCAGCUCUGGCCUCCUGCAUGCUCGAGCUUGCCUUUGCGGGUGCGUUGGUGCUGCGC